AUUGAUGAGUGGAGCGCGUGUGCCAUACAGUCGCUGGUGAAGGUUAGCCCGGAACGCUAGCCCCAUUUUGACGUUUUUAUGGGGACAUUUCCCGUGAAAUUUUCAAAGUCCGGAAACAGCUCCGUGUCAGCAGAGAUAUGAGUUGUCUAGUCACCUACUGAUUCCAAUCCAGCUGCAUCUGCACAAAAACCCCUUCAAUUAUUUGCUUGGUUUCUACAGACAAAACAUCUGAAAAUUAAAAGUAGCAACAUCUUUACAAGUGUUGGAUCCCUACCACUUUUAGAUCACCAUCAGAACCAUCCUUGCUAAUUUAUCCCAUUCUAAUUUUUAAUUUCCACUUAUUUAGCUGAUCUGCCAUUUAAAAAUAAAAUGCAUCUACUCCAAUCAAUGACCCAAGAUGAAUGUUAUGGACCAUUUUUUAAACUUGAUUUGUCUUGCUUCAAUAUACAUUAGUGGAGCUUGUUUAGGGGGGAUUUGCUAAAAGUUGUGAAACAAACUCACCAGAAAUUAUUCCAAUAAAGUCCAGCCAGAAAUGGAAGAAGCUGAGGAAAGUAAGGUCAUGGACCUGCCUGACAAAAUAAAUGCCAGCAAUGUCGGGGAAGAUGAAAAUAGUGAGGAUGAAGAGGGCAGAACAGAUCCGAUCCCCUGGUAUCGCUGGGUGAUGCAUGCAGCUGUGAUGUUUGGACGUGAGUUUUGCUAUGCCAUGGAAACUGCUCUAGUGACGCCAGUGCUUCUACAGAUAGGUCUUCCUGAGAAGUAUUAUAGUUUAACCUGGUUUCUCAGUCCCAUCCUGGGUCUCAUCUUCACUCCACUGAUUGGCUCAGCCAGUGACGGCUGCACUUUGCGAUGGGGCCGGAGGAGACCAUUCAUUCUAGCUCUCUGCACAGGAGUGCUCCUCGGUGUGGCACUAUUUCUAAACGGAGCGGUAAUUGGCCUUUCUAUUGGUGACACACCAAACCAGCAGCAUAUUGGUAUCGUCCUCACUGUUCUUGGUGUUGUGGUGCUGGAUUUCUGUGCUGAUGCUGCUGAGGGACCAAUCACAGCUUACCUUCUUGACGUUGCUGAUACUGAUGAGCAAGACAUGGCUUUGAAUAUACAUGGCCUCUGUGCUGGACUUGGUGGGGCUGUUGGCUACAUGUUGGGAGGCCUCGACUGGACGGGCACAGCUCUGGGUAGAGCAUUCAAAUCACAAGAACAAGUCCUCUUCAUGUUUGCAGCGGUUAUCUUCAUUAUUUCUGUCACACUGCAUAUGUUCAGUAUCCCUGAGAGGACCAAUGCUUUAUCCAGGCAUGGGGUAGAAUCCUCCAGUCAGUGGUCUUUAAAACUGCUUGGCCACACACAGACUUCUCUCGAGGCAAUUGCAGAGGAGAACGCUUUUGGACCAGCCUCCUCCAAAGCAGAGAAAGAGUUGCAUCCUGAGGGAGGGGAAAUGGAUUUCCUAGCCGUGGACAGAGUUCGGAGUAAAAGUGAUUCAGUUCUCGCCAUGCCAGAUGCUACAAUCGAGUUGGACUCGGACCUUCACCUAGACAGACAAGUUUUCUUGACUGAGACGAAUUUCUUACCAAAUGAUCUGGACAAUGCCUUCAAGCCGUCAGAAAACAGUGUGGAACCGUCAUCUCCUCCUGAAGACCCCACAGAUGGGGUGGUUGUCGUAGAGUCUGAGAAUACAGAUGGCCCUCAGAUAAAGGAUCCAGCAAAUGGUCAGCCUUCUAUCCCUCAGAUCAGUUCAGCGUCAGAGAAUACACUUAAUGAUAGCGCUGCUAAUGGCAUUAAUGCUGCAUUCUAUUCCUCUCGUGCCUCAAACGCUGUUAAAGAUCACUCCUCCACCAAACCCGUGAACCGUACUGCCCAUACUGCAGUUCCCUCACGGCCUCUUCGACCAACUUUCUAUAGACAGCCCUCCUUUACCUUUUCAUACUACGGUCGAGUGGGAACACAACGCUGUAAACUGCGACGCACAAGACCUGCAAGCCCUCGGCCAAUCACCACCUCCCGCAGCUUGACAGAUCUGCGGAAUAUCCGGCAGCACAUGUUCAAAAAAAAGAGGCUGCCAUCUGUUAGCAGUCUUUCUUCUGAGGGCUCAAGCAGUGACGAGGAAACUGAGAGGGGCACAACUGUACGGCUGCUUUGGCUCUCCAUGUUCAAGAUGCCAAAGCAGCUCUGGAGACUAUGUGUAUGCCACCUCUUUACAUGGUUCUCCAUUAUAGCUGAAUCUGUAUUUUACACUGAUUUCAUGGGUCAGGUCAUUUACAGUGGAGACCCUCAGGCACCAGCCAAUUCCACAGAGCUACUAAAUUAUCACAGGGGAGUACAGAUGGGUUGCUGGGGGCUGGUGGUGUAUGCUGCUACUGCUGCUGUCUGCUCUGGAAUUCUUCAAAAGUCUCUGGAUAAUUUUGAUCUGAGUAUUAGGGUCAUCUAUGUUGUGGGCACUCUUGGGUUUUCAAUCGGAACUGCAAUUAUGGCAAUCUUCCCUAAUGUUUAUGUUGCCAUGGUGAUGAUCAGUAGCAUGGGAAUCAUUUCCAUGAGUAUCUCUUACUGUCCCUAUGCUUUACUCGGACAGUACCAUGAAAUCAAAGAGUAUAUCAACCAUAGUCCAGCCAACACUCGAAGAGGCUUUGGUAUAGACUGUGCUAUAUUAACCUGCCAGGUUUAUAUCAGCCAGAUUUUGGUGGCAUCAGCUCUUGGAUCUGUGGUUGAGGCUUUCGACAGUGUUCGUGUCAUUCCAGUUGUGGCCUCUGGGGGCUCCUUCCUUGGCUUCCUCACUGCGUGUUUCCUUGUAAUUUAUCCCGACCCAGAACCCGGCGGCUCUGAACAGGAUCAAGACUCUGAUGCUUUACCUGUAGAGGAGGAUCAGAACGUUGAAAGGACGAACAAUCAGAGACUAGCUCUGCUCAACCUUACAGAUCACACCAGAGAAGCCUCUGCUGUCUAAGGGUAAAAAGAUGCACAAUGAUGGGUUUUACUCUACAACUAAAAUAUCUGUGUGCAUACAUAAAGCCUUCUGGACCAGCAAAGAAACCAAAAAAGAAAAAAAUUGCUUAGAAAUUACAUUCCUUCUAGUAAAAUGUUGGAGAUUGUAUAAUUAGGGGAACGUAAACCCAGUGCCAGCUUAUCCUGCUCUGUUUGUGCAAACACUACCUCAACACUAAGAAAAAUCAUGUUAAGCUCAUCAGAUCACAACUAACCCCCUA